GGCCAUAAAGGUAUUUUCAUAACUGUAAAAAGGGUGAAAGCCUCGAAGGGCAGCACAAUAUAGCAAAGAAAACAAAUACGGUCAAAUACAAAUUAGUAAUUAAUUCUGUUUAAAGCGCGCCAUUAUUCUGUGUAAAAAUGGUUCUCACACUCAGUGUCAGUUCGCUGGCCAAUAGCUCCGCUCCUAUUCCUCUCUCAGGUGGACGCUGUAAAUACGCCGGUCAGUCGGUGAGAGCUGUCCCCAUACGCAUAUUAUGGGUUGGGAAAAAGAGGUCCCGAGGGGUGCAAUUGGUGUUCGACGAAUAUAUUGGCAAGCUCAAGCACUAUUGCAGUGUUGAAGACGUUCAAAUUCGGUCCAAUCCCAAAAAUGCACGUGAUUGGAGAGCUCAGGUUGACGAUGAAGACAAUGCUGUCGUGAAUCUUAUCAGGUCUGAUGAUUGGGUUGUGCUGCUGGAUGAGGGGGGCCGAGACAUAAGAUCUGAGCAGAUGGCUGAAUUGUUGGGGGAUGCUGGGAAUACAGGGGCUUCAAGAUUGUCUUUUUGCAUCGGUGGGCCUUAUGGUCAUGGAAGGCUGUUGCGAGAACGUGCUAACAAAUCAAUUAAGUUGUCUUCUAUGGUAUUCAACCAUCAAAUUGCUUUACUUGUGCUUGUGGAACAACUUUAUAGGUCAUGGACUAUUCUGAAAGGACAGAAGUACCAUCAUUAGCGUUUUCUUCCUUCUAAUCUGAAACACACCAUGCAGUUUAGUACUCUAUGAUCUGUUGGAAUACACCAAGUGCUUGAUAUUUUGAUAGUAGUGACUGAAAACAGGAUAACAUUCUCUGUCGGUCCAAGCCAGUUCCAAGCUAGGUUGCUUACUUCCGUGGAAAGGAUGUUGUCUGAGAAUCCUCAAGGGGAAGGCAUUGUGGGCUCGGUUGAGGAGCAGCCAGUUUUGUUAGCGGAUAUACAUAUGUUUUCAUUAUUGUUAAUUUUAUAUUUUUUGUUGAAUUUCUAUUAUUCUUUUCUUAUUAAGGCUAGACUAAAAGUAUUUUUGUGGUUUAUGAUUCUUUGAUAAAUUGAUUUCAAAUAUUGAUAUCCAAUUUCUUUCAUUUGAGUUUA